GACGAGUUCGAACAGUACUACUUGAAGACGAGGGAGAUGUUCCCCUCGAUGUCCGACGCAAUGCAGAAGCUAGACGAUUCGAACUCGUCCAUGGCUCAGUUGGUGGAGUCUGGCGUCAUUCGGAACUCGCUGGAGAUGCUGCCGGACAUCGUGAUGUACUGUCGGCCUGGGUCGUUCGAGCAUUUCCAGGCAAAGGUUGCGGCGAAGGUCGACGAGUACGUGCACACCCAGACGUUUGGCGACGUCAUCGGCGGCGCGGCUGGCGCUGCGCUGACUGCGAAGCUGGCCGAGGCGAAGACGCUGGUCACCAUGGCGAAGACCAGUGUUCCAGAGAAGCUCUCUACGUGGGCGAGUGCGCUGAGUGCGAUCGAAAAGAAGGAGUCAGAGAUCAACCAGUUCAACGCCAGCAAAGGCCUCGCCGACCUCGCGUCGACCUUGACGCCAGCGGCGCUGCUGAACGACGACGACCGCGACGCAGUGGUCCCCGUGUUGCAAUCUGUGCUGGCCGCGGGUGGCAAGGGCGUGGAGGCCCACAAAGCGAGCGCUACCGCCAUCUUCGACAUCACGUACGAGUGCGUUUCCCAGAACUGCCGUGAUCCGAUCCAGUCGCAUCCGUACAUGGCUAUCUUCAUGAAGCUCGGUGAAUCAGAUUGGCUUGAUGAUGUCAAGAAGGAGAAACUCUCGAAGACCAUGGACGCGUUGAAGGCCUGGGCCCCGCUGGUUGAUUACCACAGGGAGUGGAUGGCGCUGGGCGCGGAUAGCGCAUCGCGGCUGGCGCAGCCUGGUGCGGGCCGCGUCGUGCAGGGCGUUCGCUCUACUUGCAUUGCGAUCGAUGCUGGUGGCGUUGCUACCGAGAUUGUGGGACUUGGCGGAGAUCUCCAGGCGGCAGUUACCGAGAUGGGAUCAGCUGCCGCGGCGUGCAAAGAGAUGCAGACGGCGGAGCUCGCGGCGGCGGUGAAUGACCUCGAACCAUCUUCCACUGGUGGCGACAGCGUCGACAACCCAUGGGACAUCAAUGUGGCGCUUGGUGGUGGCAUCCAAGUGGUCCUGCAGCGCGUGGAGGACACGAUCUUGCAGAUCGACGGUUCGUCUUUCCAGAGUUUGAUCGACAAGGUCACGCAGUCCCUGGAGGCCAACAAGGUCUGGGCCGAUACCUUCGGCUACGAGCAGGACGGCACCCUGACGACGAGAGCGGCUAAUGUGGUGAAAGCUGCACUGGCCGUGAAGUACACUGCGCUGCUGGUGCGCAGCUGGAAAUCUUUCGGAUCGUCGGCGCCGAAGCUCCGCAGGGCCGUGAUGACGUACAAGAGGGAGAUCGUCGAGCACGGUUGCGAGUCCGUCAUGCGGGCCGACAUCAUUGACUGGACGAGCAAGCUUACCUCGCUGAAGGG